UAGGCUUGACAGGGAGGAAUUAGAGGAUAGACCUGCAGUUGGCUUUUGGCGUUUCAGCACUCUCCACUCAAACCCAAAGCAGGUUUACGGACACUUCGCCCCAACCGUUCCGUUGACCAGGUGACCAGGAGCCCCCUGUCCGCAUAUUCGUUUCGCCGAGCGCAGGGGAGGCCGGCAAAAUACCUGACCCCCAGGAGUGUGACAGGGAAGGGGAAGAGGAAGAAACAUGGGUAGCGGAGCAAGUGCUGAGGAUAAGGAACUGGCCAAGAGGUCCAAAGAGCUGGAAAAGCAGCUCCAAGAGGAUGCAGAUAAGGAAGCGAAGACCGUCAAGCUCCUGCUGCUGGGUGCUGGUGAGUCAGGGAAAAGUACCAUUGUAAAGCAGAUGAAAAUUCUGCAUCAAGGUGGAUACACGCCAGAAGAACAACUGGCAUUUAGAGCCAUCAUCUUCGGCAACAUUCUGCAGUCAGCCCUGGCCCUCAUCAGAGGAAUGGAGAUGCUGGGCAUCAACUACGCUGCACCAUCAGCGCAGGAAGACGGUCAGAAGCUGCAGAACCUGGCGGACUCUACGGAGGACGGUACUCUACCCACUGAGCUGGCGGAUGUGAUUAAGAGGCUAUGGAAGGACUCAGGAGUGCAGGCUGCCUUCGAGAGAGCUGCUGAGUUUCAGCUCAACGACUCAGCCGGCUACUACCUGAGUGACAUGGACAGAAUCUGCAAACCCGACUACCUUCCCUCAGAGCAGGACGUGCUCAGGUCUCGAGUCAAGACCACCGGUAUCAUCGAGGAGAACUUCUCCUGCAAAGAGCUGCACUUCAGGAUGUUCGAUGUGGGUGGCCAGAGGUCAGAGAGGAAGAAGUGGAUCCACUGCUUCGAGGGCGUGACCUGUAUUAUCUUCUGUGGAGCUCUGAGCGCUUAUGACAUGGUGCUGGUAGAGGAUGAUGAAGUGAACCGCAUGCAUGAGAGCCUCCAUCUAUUCAACAGUAUCUGCAACCACCGGUUCUUCGCCACAACCUCCAUUGUGCUUUUCCUCAACAAGAAAGAUCUCUUUGAGGAGAAGAUCAAGAAAGUCCACCUCAGCAUCUGCUUCCCAGAUUACGAUGGUCCAAACACAUACGAUGAUGCCAGCAACUACAUCAAGAGCCAGUUCCAGGAGCUGAACAUGAAGAAAGGCGUAAAAGAAAUCUACGCGCACAUGACCUGCGCCACCGACACAAAGAACGUCGAAAUUGUGUUCAAUGCCGUGACAGACAUUAUCAUCAAAGAAAACCUUAAGGACUGCGGUCUGUUCUAAAAAAGAACACUUUUUAAGAACUUCCUCCCAACCCCUUCAUCCUUGACCUGAAUGAUUGACAAAUGCGCCAGUGAUUUUGCCAAGGCAGGAACAAGGCAGGAGGACUCACAGAUGACAUGACAGUGACCUCGACUUCAGGGGCCCCAAAGGUUGGAUGCCUCUCCCAGCUAAAUGAUAGUCACAAACGAUCAUCCUCAUCCCCAUUAUCACUACUGUAAUCAUCAUCAUCAUCAUCAUCAUCAUCGUUGUACUGGACCUGCAAAUCAGCCUCAACCCAAACAAGUCAAGAAAAGAAGAAAAGAAUCCAUCUGUAAAAUUCUGAACUGAUUUUAAUUCAUGAAGUCACUGUGAGGGGCGUCUGAAAGGGAACAGGAAAACCUGCUGGUUUGAUGCUGAAGCUGCUGGUUCUGCAAGACCGCGAGUAGAUGCUUUUACUACUUACGUUUUAGUGUCUCGAUAUGUUUUUUCAUUCACGUGUUAAGCAUAAUUAGCAUAAAAUGCUAAUUUAAUACCAAUUUACCCCAGCCAUGUAGCAUUGAGACAUCUUUCUAUGUCAAAACUACUUGGACUAGCUAUACAAGAUGGUUUGUUUAUUUAAUGUACAGUGUAGGAUUUCCAAUUUCCUCUGGAGAAGGCUGAGAAAGUUAAACCUGCGUGUAUUGAUAACUCAGAUUACACAUCAACUGCAUGAUAUACAAUGUGAUAUUUUUUUUCCCAUAAUAAAAUGCUUAGGGGAAUGUAUUUUGUAAAUAAGAGUAGCAGAGUUAUUCUCUAUUUCAGAGAUGAUUCCAUAUAAAUAUAUUUGAAGAAACUAUAUUAUAUUUAUGAAAGUCAGUAAGGACAAAUACUCUAGUGGCCCGUUGCUUUGCUUUGAAUCUGAGGAUUAAAUCUGGGGAGAUGUUCUGGACUAUAAAUAUAGGAACAUGAAAUAAAGACUUGCAUCAAUUCCA